AUGCGACUCAGCGAAUCGACCCAUAACUCUAUUCUAUCACCGUCACCCAACCCAACUGUAGAGGCUGGUCCCUCGUCGAGGGGUUACGAUGGGGUUCCGCCAACGAACGGUCACACAAAUGGCUGCAGUUAUCCAGCAAUGACGAACGGGUCGUCGGGAGCGGGCGGUGGGAUGCCGAAGCAUGGCAAGGUCAUUUCCAAACUGAAUCUCCCCGGAACAACUCUGUAUGAAGAUUCAUCAAUUCUACGAGAGGAAUUUGUGCGACUGGUGGUGCAGACACUCAGGGAUGUCGGAUAUAUUGAAUCUGCAGCGACGUUGGAGGCAGAAUCGGGAUACGAGCUGGAAGCGCCGAAGGUCACGCAAUUCCGACAGUACAUUCUGGAUGGGAUGUGGUUGAAGGCGGAAGAGGCAUUGGAUCAUCUCAACGUCGUGGACGAAGACGACCUUCUCGACGCCAAAUUCUUGAUUAAACAGCAGAAAUACCUCGAAUUACUCGAAGCGAAGAAGACGACUGCUGCUUUACACGUCCUCCGCAACGAGCUUGCUCCUUUGAAUGUCGAUUCCGAUCAUCUCCAUACAUUAUCUAGCAAAGGUGGCUUUCCGAACGUUACAACAACAAUCCUCAACGUGCACACGGAUGAAGUAUGGAACAUGGAAUGGAGUCAUGAUGGUCGGUAUCUGGCCAGUGCCGGGAAAGACAAGAUGGCGAUUAUCUGGAAGAUGGGGUCUACUGUGGAGUCAGGUUCACCGCAAGAUUGGACUGCCCAUGUCACCAUCCCCGAACAUCCUGAUCCUAUUGGCGCUCUAGCUUGGUCCGUGGACGAUACGGUGCUUGUCACGAGUGCGGAACACCUCAUCAAGAUGUGGAAAGCGAAGACUGGCGUUUGCAUUCGCACACUGAGCGGACACUCAGACACAAUAUCCUCGCUUCAGUGGCUACCUGAUGGCUCAGGAUUCUUUUCAGGUGCACUGGAUCGCAAGAUUGUCCAUUGGGAUGCAGAUGGAAAGCUUGUGGACGAUUGGGGCACGACAGCGAUCCGGAUAACUGGAUUCUGUAUCACGCCUGACGGGACGCGUUUGGUAGCUGUUGGAAUGGAGCAUAUCUAUACGCCCAAUGGCCAUGCUCCCGAUGGGCGAGGUCAGGCGGAUGGGACAGGAAGUCAUGAAGCAUCGUCAGGCUCUUCAAAGGGAGGUAACAAGAUGAUCGUGUAUGACAUAAAGACGAAGCAGAUACUGUGGUCGGUCCGAUUGGAAGGAGAGUUGACGAGUGUAAAGGUGUCGCCAAAUUCGCAGUAUGCCCUGAUCAACCACGCACCGGAGGUGAUCUACUUGUAUGAUAUACAAAACUUCAGGCUGGCGAACAAGUACGUGGGCCAGCAACAAGGUCAACAUAUCAUCAAGAGUUGCUUCGGAGGUGCGAACGCAUCCUUUAUUGUCAGUGGAAGCGAAGAUGGCAAUGUCUACGUUUGGCACCGUGAUUCGAGUACCUUGCUGGAGGUGUUGUCGGGCCACGGACAAGGCAGCGUAAAUUCGGUAGCAUGGCAUCCUCACAACGAACGACUAUUUGCAUCGUGUUCAGAUGACCAUACCAUUCGGAUUUGGGAAGCACCUCCGCCGGAAACGUUACCAGCGCUCCCUCCACCCCAGCAUCUCGAGUCCUCGGCUAUGUCGAACGGGAAGGGCAAAGGAAGAGUGCGGCAACCUUGGGAGGACGAGGUCGAUAAUGGCAUAUCGUAAUUGCUGAGACGCCAACGUAUCUCCGCCCUCUUCCCCUCGGCAACCAUUUCACUCGACUUCUCGACCCACCCCCUGGCCAUUUUCAACCCCGGUAUCAUUCAUCUUCUACUCAUCCUUGACAUUAUACUACGCUUGUACUACAUCCAACCACACCGUCCAUCCAUCGUCUUCCCUCAUUCACUAAUGAAACACUGGUCGCUUAUCAUCAUACGUCUCCCCCUUUUGCAUAGCAAUUGCACGCA